UAUUUAACUAUCGGUGAAUAUUCUUAAUAAGCCGCAUGUUAUAUGAUUAUGAAUCCGUCUGAAGAUAGAACAUACUAUUUUAUCAAUAAUACAGCAACGAGGGAAACAAAAAUCGAACAUUAUUCAAAUUGAAUUAAAAAGUGUUUGGUUGGCAAACUGCGUUAGGCUCGUGAACGCAUUAAUUUCUAACUGAUUUGGAGCGCAGAUGAGGAAAAAAUACACUAAGGAUGUUACUCCUUCAGAUUAUGGCAUUUCUCAUCAUAUUUUCAAGUUCAAAAGGUUGGACAAUGGAGAUGCAAAGACUUGAUGGCUGGAAGAAUAAUCUGAAUCGACUUGAUAUGGGAGCGGCAGGCGACGUUUUGAUUCACAAGGUAAUGUCCCGCUACAAAACUUCACCAACACUUCCCGAAAUAGAGGAGCUGUCCAAAUUAUUUGCUGGCAGGUCAGACAAACUUUCCAUCGUAAAUAGAACAACAAUGUUCGUAUAUUUUGGUCAGUUCAUCGUAAAAGAUCUGCUUGACAUCUCGACUCCUCAAUGCCCAACUGCCUUCCACAAUGGGUCUGGUUCUGUUAUAACAGAAUGCCCCUCGGGUGGUUGUAAAGUACCAGGGAAAAUAUAUUCGUUGCCAAAGUAUGAGAUAAAUAACAGAUGUGGACCUGGGUCGCCAAAAUCUCUCGUGAACAAAGCUACAGGUUGGCUAGAUGGAAGUGCCAUCUAUGGCACAAAUCAUGUGUUACUGGGCAAACUUCGCAAGUUUUCGGGUGGACUCUUGCUAGAAGGUACUACUGGGUUUCCACCCGUGAAUGAACACGGGUAUAUUGAUGCGGGAGACCACUGGAGUUAUAUGCAGAAUGCAAAAGUGAAUUCAAAGCAACUUUGGAUGUUUGCUGACAUCAGUGUCCAUGAUAAUCCAGGUGUUCUAGCAGUAUCACUAAUUUGGUAUAGGUGGCACAAUUAUCUCGCCGCUAAGCUCAAUAACAAAUACCCAGAUCUGAAUGACGAACAGCUGUUUCGAAAGACAAGAAGUUUAGUUAUAGCUCAUCUUCAGAAAACGGUGAUGUAUGAAUGGUUACCUAUUCUGUUACGAAAGCCAACGGUGUCUUAUACAGGUUAUGAUUCAUCACUUAGUGCCGAUAUAACAUCGGAGUUUGCCGUUGCUGGGAUCCACAUAUUGGAUUCGUUUGUACCGCCCUCGUUUGAAUUCAGGGAUAACAACUGCAGUUUGAACAAUCGUGUUAAUGAGCCAUCCAGACUGUGUAUGGCAUACUGGGAUUCGCAGGAAAUUAUAACCAAACAUGGUCUUAAUAGACUGGCUCUUGGUAUGACGUCACAACAUUCUCAACAGGAAGAUGCAGCUAUAAUCGAAGAUAUAACAGAAUACUUCCACGGUCCAAGCUAUAACACCAGAAAAAGACAUAUUCAAUACUUACUUGCCUUGUCUCGUGACAUAAAACUAAUUGGCUAUAACGAAAUACGGAAGUCAUUUGGUAUACCAUAUAAUGGUACCCUAAAUGAUAAACUAUUGAGGGUAUAUAACGCAACUGAUGACGUAGAACUACUACCAGGUUUGUUGUUUGAGAUGCAUGGCGGCGAUAUUGGACAAACAGCGACAUCUAUAUUUGAAGAUCAACUGUAUAGAUUACGAGAGGGCGACCGAUUUUGGUUCGAAAACAAGAACAACGGAUUAGAUUCAAGUGAAAUAGAUGAGAUAAUGAAAACAACAUUUAAAGAUAUAUUGGUAGCAACGCUGAAAAUGAAUAGCAGCCAAAUACAGGAAAAUGUGUUUCUUUUUCAACAAGGGGACCCGUGUUCAUUUGAAUCUUCAGGCUACAAAGGAAAUAUACCCAAAUGUAAUAGGCCUGGCAAUGUCAAUCCAUUCGAUGGGAAUGGGCUGGCAUUCAUACUGACGCUAGUAGCAUUAGCCGUAUCUCCAUUGAUAUUCGUUGGCCUUGCUUAUUUAGCAACAGUAAUAGCUGGUAAGAAGACAGGCUACAAACACAGAGGGGCAUCGUUGGGAAGAAGAAGUUUACGAAAGACAAUAACUUUAAACAUGGAUGUUCAAGAAGGGCAAUUUUAUUACGUGACGGAAUGGCGUGGAAAAACAGAAGAAACGAGGAGGGUUCAGGUCUAUCUGGACAACAAAGCCGCAAAGUUAAAGAUAUACAAAAACACAUCGCUAUUGAGGAGAAUCAUAUUUGAACGGAUGGACGUCGCUGAGAUUUUCCAAAGCAAAGAUCCUGGAAAAUAUUUUAUUCUACUGAAAGUUCCCAAAGAAUAUGAUCUGGUCGCAGAUUUUGUUGACGAAGUUAUGCGCGAGGACUUUAUUUGCGAAAUUGAGCAAGUUAUGAAACACAUAGGCAAAACAGUUAGUAUCUCAAACGUCUCGUUAAAAUCCAUAUACAAAGAGGCAGUAACGCAAAAAUCCAGACAAAUCAUACUAGAAAAAUUCUUCAGACGUGUAUUUUCGGAGAAUACAGCAAUUGGCGAUGAGCAAGACAAACUGGCGGAUGAAGUUGAUUGUGAACUAAACAGAGUUGAGUUUGCAGAGGCGCUGGCACUUACACCCGGAUCACUUUUCGUAGAGCAGUUAUUCUCGAUUGUGGAUAAUGACGACAGUGGCUAUGUUUCAUUCAGGGAACUGUCGUAUGCCUUGGUUCUCUUUUCGGAAGGUACGACAAAGGAGAAAGUGAAACUGCUCUUCAACAUCUAUGAUACUGAUAAAAGCGGAACAUUGGAUCGCACAGAAAUCCGACAAAUGAUCAAGUCACUACUCGAAAUGGCCAACUCAAAGCUUGGAGUAGAUGAGGAGGACAAGUUCGUCGAAUCGAUGUUUCAAGAGGCCGAACUUGAAGGCGCUGAUGUGAUAGAUUUUGCGGGCUUUGAAAAGCUGCUUGGAAAUCAAAUGGAGCGUUUCAGCAAUACGUCAAUCGACUUCAAAGGUGCAAAGUCCGCAAUGGGCAAAACAAAGAUUAACAAGAAGAGCUCAAAAGAAAUCAAGUUUAAGUCUGUGAAGAGAGUCUACUCACCUAUACAAUCUAACAUCAGAUAUUGUCUUCAGUAUAUUGAAAAUAGCAGGAGACAGUUGUUCGUACUUCUUUUGUAUCUCGGUAUUUGUCUGGGUGUCUUCGCAGAACGAUUUUACACAUACCAGGUGGAAAAGAGAGAGGUUGGGAUGCGUCAACUGGUCGGCUUUGGGCUGCCAUUUGCUAGAGGUUCAGCUGCUGCAAUGUCGUUUUCAUUUGCGGUCCUUCUCAUCAGUAUGUGCCGGAAUUGCAUCACAAAGCUAAGGGAGACUUCUAUCAAUUUGUACAUACCCUUCGAUGACUUCGUGGCUUUCCAUAAAUUUGUCGCCUAUUGCACUUUUGUAUUCAUGAUUACACAUGUGGCAGGACAUUGCUCAAACUUCUACCACUUGACAGCUCAUCCACUUGAAUACCUUUGUUUCCUGAGAGAAUUAGCAUUCAGCUCUGACAACCCCCCGACUUUCUCAUACUGGGUCUACAUGACACCAGUGGGGCUAACAGGUGUCGCCAUCUAUCUGAUCAUGUGGGCCAUGUACUUGUUUGCAACCCCAAUUGCUAGGGGCGCCAUCUUUAAUGCAUUCUGGACAUCACAUAAAGCUUUCGUCCUCAUAUAUGUGCUGACAAUAAUUCAUGGAAGUGGACGCCUGUUGCAGAACCCCUGGUUUCCGUAUUAUAUCACAGGGCCUGCCAUUCUCCUUGCACUAGAUAGGAUAGUUAGUAUUAGCAGAAAGAAAAUCAAACUUGAUGUGAUCAAAGCCGAAUUACUUCCCUCAAAUGUUACCAUGUUGAAAUUCAAACGACCACACGACUUUGAGUACAAAUCGGGUCAAUGGAUAAGGCUAGCCGUUCCCGACCAGGGGAAGGACGAGUUCCAUCCAUUCACGCUCACAUCUGCCCCCCAUGAGGACCACCUCUCCGUACAUGUGAGGGGUAUUGGUCCUUGGACUCUGAAUCUCAGAAAAACCUAUGAGCCGACAAAGACUCAAGGAAAGAAUUUCUCAAAAGUAGAGGUCGAUGGUCCAUUCGGGGCUGGACAACAAGACUGGAACAAAUUCGAAGUUGCCAUUUUGAUAGGUGGCGGUAUAGGUGUUACACCAUAUGCUUCAAUUCUCAAAGAUUUUUCCCAUAUGAUGGCGCAUGGUGGCAGAAGGCGUGUCAUAUGCAAGAAGGUGUAUUUCCUUUGGGUCACUAGUUCUCAUCACCAGUUCGAGUGGUUGAUUGAUAUUCUUAGGCAAGUCGAGGAAAUUGAUAAAGACAACGUAGUCAGUAUACAUUGCUUCAUUACACAGUUUUUCCACAAGUUUGAUCUGAGGACCACAAUGCUUUAUAUUUGCGAAGAACAGUUCAAAAGCCUAUCAAAAAGAAGUAUAUUCACAGGGCUACGAGGAGUGACACAUUUUGGUCGUCCCCAAUUCGAUCAGAUAUUUACGUCGGUGUGUGCCAGUCACCCGGAUGUUGAUCGAGUAGGGGUGUUCAGUUGCGGUCCAGUGGGCCUCACAAAAACCGUUGAACAGGCCUGUCAUGGAUUGGGGAAACAUGGCAGUGUCAAAUUCAGCCAUCACUAUGAAAACUUUUAGGAUCUAUUUUUUAUGCCAUCUUUUUUGCAGUGUCUGAACUGCAUGCGUUUUCGUUCAGAGCGAAAUUCCCUGUUUUUAAUCUUGACGUAUUUAACAUUGGUUAAUGGUCGAACCAGAGACAUAUAAAACAUUUCAGUAUAUGUCUUGGUCGAACAAAGGCCAGUCGGAUUAUGCGUUGUGUGAGAGUAAUCUAAAGCUAAAUCAGAUAUUGGACAGUGGUAGCAGGUAGAUAGUUGUACAUUUUAAAAUGAAAUGGCAAGAAUUUGAACUGUUGAUUAUUUCGUAAAGUUAAUUGUAUUUUAAUAACAAGGUUAAUAUAAAUGUUAGCUAAUGUAUAUGCUAAUCAAAGUAAAACAGUUAUAUUUUCAUAUUCCCUUGUCAUUCGGGUUCGCAACAGAUAUCUACAUAUGUUUCUGGGAUUUUGAACGUCAGUCCAUCUUUCAGAAAGGUUCCAUAUAAAGGUUCACUAUAACUGCAUUAGGUAUAUAAUCACUGGUCCAUUACAGGAUGAAUCGAAUUGUAUGUAGGAGUUUGGUGACCACUCUUUAGAACAGGCCUGUAGAUCUUUACAAUAGUAACGUUUGCAAUAUUGUUUGCUUUGCGAAAUGUUUUGAAUCCAGGUUUAUUUUGUUUGAGGGUACGACUAACUGCUAACUGGACGAGUGAUAAUAAUUAAACACCCAGUGGCAAGAGGCAAAAAGAGGGAAAGGUUUUGGGCCCCUAAAACCAAAAAGUGGGCCCAAAGUUUUGAGGCCUGUUAUCUUCUA